AUGGAUAAGCCUUCUCAAAUUUUCAAUUGUGAUGAAGCUGGUUUUGCCGACAAAACUGAUACAAAAAAAGUAAUUGUACCAAAUCCCACCAAAUUUCCGUACAAGAAACAAGGUGGUACCUGUGGAAAAUGUUAUUAUUCGGUGUUGUUUUGUAUUAGUGCGAGCGGGGUUAUUCUGCUAGCUUACACGAUCUACAAGUCUAAAAAGUUACAUUACAUAACACAUGGUGCACUAAUGGUUUCUCUUGUAAUUAGCAUUUUUCAACAAUUCACUUUUGUUUUAGGACCGGCAGGAGCAAGUUACAAUACAAGCAAGAAUGGUUGGAUGCAAGAACGGAGCUUUUAUGAAUGGUUUAAGAAUCUGUUUAUACCCCAAACGGCACCAUCCAAGCCCAUAUUAUUCAUACUCGAUGGACAUAAAUCUCACCACAGUGUGCGGACCGUCGAAUUGGCUAUUGUAAACGAUAUUCUUCUAUUAUGCAUACCUCCAGAUUCAACCCAUGUCCUUCAACCCCUCAACGUCACAUUUUUCAAACCAAUCAAGCAAAAAUAUAGAGAAAUUCUUAGUGAAUAUUACAGAACAUCACGAUACAAAAACGUCACAAAAGAUAUUUUUCCAACACUAUUGAAUAAAUUAUUUAAUUCGUCUGCUGUUCGAAAAGUCAACAUCAUCAAGGGAUUUAUGAAUACGGGUAUUUAUCCACUUAAUAGAAGGUCGAUUAAUUCUGCAAAAAUUUUGAAAUGCAACAAUAAAAUUGAGAAGGAUAUUGCUGCUGGCAAACACCCAAAUACUUCAAUUGAUUCAGGCGAUGAUGAUGAUGAAGAACAAGAUAAUAUAUCUAUUGCGUCGAGAUUGACAACUACAGAACAACCACCUGCGAAAAAAAUAGUGCUUGAAAGAGAAGCUGGUCAACUAUUAACAGACGAACAAGUUCUACAACAACUGAAAGAGAAAGAAGAACGUACCCUGAAAGCGAAACGAGUUACAACACGAACACUCAAACGUCCAACUGCAAAAACUAAACAAAAGUAA